UGCUGCCGCCUGGGCGGAUGCUGUGGGGCGCCGCGGCUGACCUACUGCACUGCAGCGCAAUCACAGGUGAAGCCAAAAAAGACCACGUUCGGCCCUCUGAGUGACGAAGACAGGAUAUUCACCAACUUGUAUGGUCGCUAUGACUGGAGACUCAAGGGCUCCGUGAGGCGAGGAGACUGGUACAAGACCAAGGAAAUCAUGCUGAAGGGAUCGGACUGGAUCAUAAACGAGAUGAAAGUCUCGGGGCUCCGUGGCAGAGGAGGAGCCGGCUUCCCCACCGGCAUGAAGUGGAGCUUCAUGAACAAGCCAAGUGACGACAGACCUAAGUACCUGGUGGUGAAUGCUGAUGAGGGGGAGCCUGGGACGUGUAAGGACCGUGAGAUAAUGCGUCACGACCCCCACAAGCUCAUAGAAGGCUGCCUGAUCGCCGGCAGAGCCAUGGGCGCUCGAGCCGCCUACAUCUACAUCAGAGGGGAGUUUUACAACGAGUCCUCAAAUCUACAGGUGGCUAUUCACGAGGCAUACAAAGCCGGCCUGAUAGGAAAGAACGCUUGCGGCUCCGGGUUUGACUUUGACGUGUUUGUGAUGCGGGGGGCCGGCGCCUACAUCUGCGGGGAGGAGACGGCCCUCAUCGAGUCUCUCGAGGGCAAACAAGGGAAACCCAGACUCAAGCCACCGUUUCCUGCAGACAUCGGUGUGUUUGGAUGCCCAACGACAGUCUCCAAUGUGGAGACGGUUGCCGUGGCGCCUGCGAUCUGUCGUCGAGGCGGCGCUUGGUUUGCCAGCUUUGGGAGGGAGAGGAACUCGGGGACGAAGCUGUUCAACAUCUCCGGUCACGUGAACACACCGUGCACGGUGGAGGAAGAGAUGUCUAUUCCUCUACGGGAGCUAAUAGAGAGACACGCAGGAGGAGUGAGGGGCGGCUGGGACAAUCUAUUGGGAGUGAUCCCCGGGGGGUCCUCCACUCCCAUCAUCCCUCAGCAUGUGUGCAACGAUGUUUUGAUGGAUUUCGAUGACCUGGUCCGUGCAGAGACUGCACUGGGAACAGCUGCCAUCAUAGUCCUGGACAAGUCGACUGAUGUGAUCAGAGCCAUCGCCCGGUUGGUUGAGUUCUACAAACAUGAGAGCUGUGGCCAGUGCACCCCCUGCAGAGAGGGUGUCGACUGGAUGGAUCGGAUGAUGUGGAGGUUUGUGGGAGGAGAAGCAGCAGCGUCAGAGAUCGACAUGAUCUGGGAGCUCAGCAAGCAGAUCGAGGGUCACACCAUCUGUGCCCUGGGAGACGGAGCAGCCUGGCCUGUGCAGGGACUGAUCCGCCACUUCCGGCCGGUGAUGGAGAGUCGCAUCGCUCAGCAUAACAAGGAAAACCCUCCGAGAGAGCCCGACAUCGAGAUGAUCUGAAACGCCAUGUCAGCAUUCAGUCCUUCAUUACUAAUAAUAGAUUUUGUUCAACGACAUUGUGUACAUUUGCUUUAAAUAUGAAACGAUUUCUGUACAGAUUAAGAAUGCAAACUGCUGUUUAAAUAUUAAACUUAUUUCAAGUUCAAA